UCUGCGCCUCCGCCGCCACCAGCAGCAGCAGCAGCAGCAGCGCCAGCAGCAGGGACGUCCAAGUCAGUAAGGCCUUAUGCAAGAGGCCCCAACGUUUCUGCGACGCGGAGUGAACCAGUCUAUGUGCCGAUCGUAGAGCGCUAUGGAUCCGGUGGGGAUCAUCACGAGGCACAUCAACGAAUGCCCGCGGGGGUGGAUAAGGCGCCAUCGACAAAGGAAUAUUCUUGCGUCUGUGUAGGGGCGAAUGACGCCGGUGAAGAAAAUAGGGCUGGAUAUUUCACACCACCGCCUGCUGGUACGGUUCUUCCUCCGCCUGCUGGUACGGUUCCUACUCCGCCUGCUGGUACGGUUCCUACUCCGCCUGCUGGUACGGUUCCUACUCCGCCUCCCUCACCAAGACAGUGGCAGGGCGAGCCUCUCAUUAUCGAUUUGGACAGUCAACCUCCCCCAUCGGGGAGCACAGGGCCCUCAGCCCUCCUUACACGGGCCGAAGGAAGGAGUGGGUGUCUCGUAGGUGCCCAGAGGAUGGAGGAGGGGACACCGCCACAGCAGUACUUCGCUGCCUUGGCCGCUAUCGACGCUGAACUGCAGCAGCGCCGCGGGAUUUUAAAGUGUACUGUCGCGUUUGCUCCAACCACACACGACACACGUUGCGACCUCAGUUUCCCAAUGCAACAUCCUGCAACCGAUUUGCCGUGCCACGAAGAGGACGCUACGAUGCAGGCCCCGGAUGGUGAGUUCACCCCUAAUUUCCGCGAAAUGGGCACGAAAGAGUCUGCUUGGGCCGCGGAGGCGACCAAGCUUGAGGAGCAACUGGGGCCUUCUCAGCCACCAGCACACACCACCACAUUUGGUGGCCUUGUGUCUCCUUUACGUGCCGUCCAACAUACACCCAGCUCCAUACUGUUGAACUCUAAGCACUGGGCUCCGGAGGGGGUCCAAGGACAGACAGAAGAAGAGCAAGAAGACAGCGCCACCAACAGUGAUUUUGAGAUGUUGACUCCGGAGGAACAACAGCUGCUGGCGGAUCUUAGACGGGCAUUGAGUCGAAAAAGGUAG